AUGGAUCCUUUGUUCACUUCUUCUUCUUCUUCUUCUCGUGGUUAUAUUAUAAGCACAUGCAUUCUUACGAAUGCAUGUGCUUAUAAUAUAACUACUACUACACCGGCAUCAAUUAUUGUUGAUAUUGUCUCUGCUUAUAUUCGUACAUUACAAUAUGCCUGUAGAGAUGCCUGUUAUUUUUUUUUUCGGAUCAGUCUCUUUCUCUCCGCCCACUUUACAUCUUUUUUUCUUUUAUUUCUCUUACAUCUCCCUUUCUUUUUACGUUUCUAUUUUCAUCUGUCUAACAAUAUUUAUGUUAACAGCAAUGUCGUUUAUUGGUUCGCUUGCCAUUUGAAUUAUUUUCGCAUUUAUUUUUCCACGAUUUUCAGAGGUCUUGUUCUUUCUUUCCCUUUUCAAUCAUCUUCGUUUCAGAUUAGUUUUUUUUUUUUUUCGAAUACUUUCGAUUCAUUCUUUAUUUUCUUACAUAUUUUCUUAGAUUUCCUUAUAUAUUUCCUUUUUUCACUCACUCUUUUUCAUUCAUCCAUAUUUUUCUAUUUAUCUUUCUUUUUUUGUAUCCCAUAUUUGUUCUUUCUAUUUUUAUUACUUUCUCUGCAUUAUUUUUUUCAUUAUUUCCACUCUUACUUUUUAUUUGCAUAUUUUCAUUUCAUGUAUUUCUCUCUGUCUCUCUUUCUUGCUUUAAAGCACUACUCUCUUUUAUCUUCAAUGCUUUCUUUCUUAUAUGUUUUUUUUUUAAUUUCUUUUUUUCUUUCUUUCUGA